AUGGAGCAGCCGUCGGCGGACUCCCCUCGUGGCCGGCUCGUCGCGCGCGUACCGCUCGCGUACAUGUCUCCGCGUAAAAAUAAAGUCCACAGCGCGCGUCUGCGCACUUCAACCCAUUUAUAAUUAUUAGUAAAUCGCGGCGCGAGCGCACGACUGCCGUGACCGGGCGCGCUUGCGAAAAAGAAAUUCGUUUCAAUUCAAACACACGAACCCUUACGCGACAUAGACUGUGACGACCGACGCGAAAUCCCUAUCAUGAGAAUUAACUUGUAAACGAAACGACUCCUACGCAUAAAACACCGGUAUUUCGUAACGUGUGAGAUCACAACUGAUUAAAAAUUUACGAGGUUUUUCAUUGAUUACCGAAGUGAAAUAGUGAUAAAAGUGACUAAUAUUUAUUUUAAUUAUGCCUGAAAGGCCAAAGAGACGCAAAAAUAAUAAAAAUAAACGGAAGAAUAAUAAAAAUAAUCGAAGUGAUGUAAAUAAAAAUAAUAUAGAAGAAAAUGAAACUACCGUUGUGGAAUCUAGCUCGGAUGUUACGAGGGAAGUCACAAAUGAAAAUAAAAACGAAAUAGUUAAAGAAGAUUGUGAUGAACCGAUGAACUUAACAUGUGAGAACUUACCUGUGGAUAUCAAGUCUAAAAUAAGUAUUUUAGAUGAAGCACAACAAUGCGAUACGACACAAAGAAAGCAAAAUAGUGAUGGUGACUCUCUUGUAUUACCGUCGUAUAUCGUUGAAACUCCUGACCAAACUAUUAAAAUAAAGCCAAAAUUAGAUAAUGGAAUGAAAAGUAAGAGUUGUGAUAAUGAUGAUAGCCCUACCAUAGUUGAAAUCACUGAAGAUGUAAGUAAUCAAAGUGAUAAAAAAAUUAACGUCUCUGUUAUUGACAGUAGUCAUGCAAUAGUAACACACAAUGAAUCAAAUAUCGAAUGGGAAAAUGUAGACGAUUUUAAAUUACCCCAAACAGAAUUGAUCGAAGGUGUGUUAUCGAGUACAACAAUACCACUCAAUGUUGCUGAAUGUGAGCACACUAAAGCUCUCAGCCCAGAAGAGGAAUCAUCCUUGCGAAAUUACUUACAAACAUUGAACUUAUCCACAAAUUCUACAAAUUUUAACGCAGGAGAUAUUAAAACAGAAAUAGAACAGCUUAUUAAUCGCGAAGUAAAAUACAGACUUCGAAGAAAGGGCUUUACUGAAGAUAUUAUAUACCCUCGUGCAGGAACAUCAAGAUCUUUAGGCGUAAUUGAUGAAGAGGGAAGUAGCGGAUCUUCUAAAACAUCACAGCGCCACUCAUAUUUAAGUGAUAAAAAAAGUGAUACUGAGGAACUGGAAGAUGAGGUAUUUGAAUGUAAAAAAGAACAAAAUCUUAGAAAUGAAAAUAUUGAUUUUACGACCCAAACAUCUAGACAUUUAAUACCGCAAAAAUGUAUUCGAGUAGAUGCAAAGCUUAAGGAGCCUGAAAUUUCUGAAGCACGAGGUGAUUGGACCGUCAAGACUGUUGAAAAAUUGUCUGGAGCUGAAUUAGUGUAUUUGACUGACUCUUCCAGUAGUACUAGUUCCAUAUAUGAUGCAAAUGAUGAUUUUAGUAAAGGUGAAGAAACUGAUACAUCUGUGCGCAUAAUAACUCCAACUAUUGAGGUAACCGAUGCAGAAACAAUGCUUUCAAAUACGUUUUUAGUAAAAAAUUAUAAUAUCAAUGCUAAAGAACCUCGAGAAAAUGAUAUAAAUGACGAUAAGAUUAAUCUACAGUUAUUAAAUAACAAAGACUCAAAUGAUACAAAAACAUGUGACUUUUCGUACAAUGAUCCACAUUCGAAUAGCAAUAGCCAUGAAAUUAUUGUUUUAAGUACUGAUAAUCUAAAAACAAAUUUAUUCGUUAAAGAUUUGGAGGACGAAAACAUAGAUAUAUCAUCAGAAAAUUGUGACCUAGAACAGAAAAUUGAACAAAUAAAAAUAAAUAAAAAAUCUCCAAAUGACAUAGACGAAUAUGAUCUUGAAAUAAAAGUUCUUAAGUGCGAACUGAAUGAUGCUAUAAAUAACUUGAUAAAAGAAGUCACUUCUGAUUCUGAAAAUAGUAAUGAAUGCUCAAAGGACACAUUCAAACGUCAAGAUUCUUCUAGCAGUAUAGAUUCUUCCCAAUGUACAGCUAAAUAUAAUCCAACACAUUCUUCCCUUAAUGACGUAUCCAAUUUAAUACAUGACGAGGAAUAUGAAAAUAUAAAUAAAGAAAAUAUGGAAAAAAGUUCAAGUGCUAGUCACGUAAAAGAUGUGCUUCAUAGCGUCACUACAAAACUUCCAUUAAUUGAUAAAAAUAUAAGCAACAAAAACAUUUGUCCUACGACACUAAGGGACAUAUGUCUUAAAAAAAUUUCUUCUUUUCCAUUCGGAGAAAAGAUAUUAGAAGAACUAGCUUAUGUAUCUCAGCGUUUACAAAAUACCGUUCUUGCUUCACAAUCUCAAGAGAUUAUCCCAAGCACAACUCAAUCCCGUAAAGAAAAUAUUCAAUUGCCUCCUCCUCCAAUAAAACCAAGGAAGUCAUCGCUGAAAAUGACUAAAGAAGAACAAAAUAAACCUCCUGUGCCAGCACGUAAUGAAUUAAUUUAUGAAUGUUUAUCUCCAUCUCAAAAAAUGUUAAUGGAAAAGACUAAUACAGUAAUAGAAAAAGAUGAGAUACCCCAAAAGGUUGAACCAUACAUCAGCAGAACUGAUGAAAAAGACAAAAAUAAUCAAAAAGAGUUAAUAAGUGGAAAUUCUAUAGAAAAGAUUCCAAUGAAAUCGCAAACUGGAAGCAGAUUAUUAGCUUUACUGCGUGAUACGUCUAAUUCACCAAAAUUAAAUUCAUCUACCACAUCAAAUGUAAAUUCUAAAUCAUCACAAGUAAAACAUAACAGUGAAUCAUAUUCAAAAAGACUAUUAGAAGAAAUUGACACGACAGAAAUACCAACAAGAAAUAAACAUUAUCCACCAGUGCUAUAUGAUAAUAGUCCGAGAUAUGUAUCACCGCGUAGGUCUAAUAUGUCUUCUUAUUGUUAUGAGAGUGAUUCUGGAAUUAGGGAUAAAUCAUUUCAAACUAUGCAAAACAGCAAGAAAUAUUUCCAUUAUUCCACUGGCAAUUUAAGCAAAGAAAUCGAAAGUGAUAUUACUUCAAUUCAAAACAUGCAUAGGUAUUGUACGAACUUAAGAGACCAAAAAAUUAAAAACGAAGACAUCAGGCCUCGCAGACCAUCUCUGCCUAAAGACUUAUGCGAUCAACAAAUGGAAUAUAUUCGCCAAAAAGAAAAGGAAGUAGAUGCAGAGAUCCGUCGAUUAGAGCAGGAAAAUUUUAAAAAAAGUUAUAGAGGUCCUAGAGCUCCAAUGUUUUCAGAUAAAGAAAGCAGUUACGACCAAACAUUUGAUUCAAAAAAUAAUAAUUAUUCAAAAAAGUAUUUUUCUGUCCAUCAAACUCCUACGCGUCCAGAGAGAAGUAAAAUAUCCUCUUUGUUUAGCAGUAGUGAAGAAGAAUUACUUAGAGAAAAAAUGUAUUCCGAAUAUGUUAAUCAAAUGGCUGAAAGAGAGCAAAGGAAACAGCAAAAAGUUAUCAAGAUCACCCAAACACCUAUCCACAGCAAUGCAACAUCAAAAAGUAUGCCAGCACUGGAAAGUUUUAAUUCAAUGAACAAUCGUAUAGAACAGGAAUUUAUAUCAAAAGCCAAAGAAAGAUGGUGUAAAUUAGGUAUUGAAGAUCCCGAAACUGAAGACGAGCGAGAGAAAGGAAAUAAUUUUUAUAGGGAACCAAAAGUAAUAGAACAUAAAAUUAAAGUGAUUGAAUCCGGUGAAGAAAAGGAUGUUCAAAAACUGCCUAGUCAUAUGCAAGAAUUUGUGAGAUUUACUGUAAAUGAUAAGGGCGACGAAAAUGGUUGUACUGAGACCGUGAUGAUUGCGCCGACGUUCAAAGCGCGUUCGUCCUCGCCAGCCAUUUGGCGGCCCGGGGCGCCAGCGGGGGGCGUAACGCCAAGCGCGGAAAGCCCUAGCGCACCACCGCCUCCGCCGCCGCCCAUAUGGUCUCCGAACAGUAACACCACAUCACCACAGACUCCGAGGAAAACCUUCCGACCUGUUCAUUUUGAAGACACGCCACCACCUAGACGAAAGUUUGGUAGUUCUGAUCAGAACGGUUGCACGAGCGGUUCAGAAAGCGAAGGCCGUCUUCGGACCUCGUUAAGCGCACCGGUUACUGGACUGAAUACCUUGGGGUCUUCCAGCACUAGUCGUCUACCGAGAGCCCAGAACCCAACCGUCACACUGUUGCAGAAAGCACGUGAAGGUCAAAUCUCUCGUGGACUGAGCAAUUACUCACAGGAGAGAGAUCCCCGCCUUCCACGUGACCGACCAUCGCCUCCCAAAGGUGACCCAGUGCAUGCAUUACGGAAAGAAUACGCCAGCGAGGGAGAAGGCGAUCGCAGUGAUUACGAGCGGAGUCAGAAAAUGAAUGACGUUAAGAAAAAAAUCGAAGGAAUCGGACCAACUACCAAAGACGGAAUGCCCGUAGCACUCAGAUCUGAAGUGAAAGACCCAUCGAGGUGGUACAAAAAAAUGUACGACACCAUACACAAAAACAAAUACGACGAGGAUUAUGUGACUAUACGAUACAAAAACCGCCGAGGUGAAUUACAAAGACCAAAUAGCAACAGGUCGCAGUAUGCGUACUUCGAUCCCCGUUCUGGGUACCUCAGUGAACCUGAAGGUGGUCUCAGCAGGCUAGCAUCAAGCACGUGGAGUGAUGCAUAUGACAGUGAUGUCACUACCGGUCCUAGACGACGUACUGCCUCAGUACAGGAAGACAGGAGAUAUGACGAUACAUCAUCUUAUGUAGCGAAUAACAAAUACAGCACAUUAGCAUCAGGAAGAGCCCGACAGGAAGUAUACAAAAGCCAACCAGGGAGAAUAGAGAACUACGUGCCAGGAAAAUCUUCUGUAAUCGAUAAAGAAGCCAAACAGCAAAAUGAAUCAAGCGCACUGUCCCAAUCUCAGGCAUCACCCAAGGAAAAAAAAGAUCUUACAUCUGCUAUUCUAUCAAAAUCUAAUAUGGCAAGGGCUUUGAAAGAAUCCGGAUACGAAUCCGACUCGACGUUAAUAUUUCGACGCAGAGAAGACACAGAGGCGCCUUUGUCACCGGCUGAAAGACGCGCGGCCUACAAAGACUUACAGGCUGGCGGGGAACCCCCGCUUAGAGGAUUUCGAUCUCCAGCUCCGCCUAGGCAAGAUGAAUCAGAAAUCGAAUAUAUUCCAAUAUCAUCGACAUUAACUAAAAUACGAGUACAUAAAAAAUCACCACAAGUACAUGAAAUGAUAUGUUAUCCUGUCACGGGAUUCGAAAAAAUAUAUGGAAAAAAAUUACAAUAUUCAGAAUUAGGAAGUGUGACUGAACCUCCACCAAAACCACCUCAAAGAAGAUCUUCAAAAAACAGCAAAACGCUUAAACUUGUAACAUCAACAAAGCCAACCCGGGACAAUUUUACACAAUCUAAUGUAGAUUUUUUAAAAGAUAAAAUAUCUAACAAGUUAAGAAGAGAAGAUACUCAUAUCAUAAUAAAAAAAAAUCCAGAAACGUAUCCUAAUAGAAUUUUAUCAACUUCUGCCCCACCCGCAAUAAAUAAAAUGAAAAGUUCCAUUUCGUCAACGAAAGUCAAACAAAAAACGAAUUUAAGUUAUCCAAAACCUAGUACGACAAGCAGCUUCAGUUCACCGAGAAGAACGAUGUUACCGAUUAAUUAUUCUGGAUGUAAAUUUGGCGAUUCUUCUCAAUCAGUAACAAUCGAAGGCGGUGUAGGUAGAAGAACACCAAUAACGAAUAUAUUGGAUAAAGUUACUUCUCUGGAUAAGCUAUGGAGUUCUCAAAAAAGAAAUGAAUGUAUCGAUACGUCUAAAAUAAAACCUAAGAGUGUUUUAAAAAAUGCAACUGGCUCUAAAGAAACAUCACCCAGAGUUGUGAAACAAGUAACAACGAGCGUAACUCAUAAAAGUAGAGAUAUGAUACGUACGUCAGAAAAAGUAAAAAAAAAUAAAAUUACCAGUAUUAAAUCUAAAUCUACUCAAUGUCUUACAAACGAGCCAAAAUCAAUAACAAUCAAUCCCCUACAGAGAAUGACUAAUAUGUCUAAAUCAUCAACACAUAUAAUGACGGCAUCGAAAAAAAAUCCAAUAAAAACAGCACUUGUAACUAAUUUAAAAAAAAAGAAAUCAUUAGAGAAUGUAUUAAGUAGACCUCGCAGUGUACCAUGUGUGGAACAAACUAGUAAGAUAUCAAAGAGCUUAAAUAAAAAUAACAUCACAAAAUCUCCAAACUCUAAAAAAAAUAGAAAUAUUUUACCUGAAAAAACUGAAAACAGCAGUCAAUUUGGUGAUGUUUUAGACAAUGUAUCAAACUUUGGUUCAAUAGAUAAUUUUGAAUUAAAUGAUACAAAUAUAAAGCAAGCAAGAAAUGCUGUUGUAUCAGAUUCAUUUUUUCAAAAUCUUUUUUUUAAGAAACCUUUCGUUUUAGCGUCUGAUAUUGUUUCGCAGCAUACUACAAUGAAUUCAGUUAUGGAGAAAGCAAAAGUUUUCCAAUCAUUGCCCGAAACUUAUUUAGGCCCAUCAAACUCAAUUAAUACAUAUUUGAUUCAUCGUAAGCCAGUUUCUCUAUCUCGUUUCAAAAUUUGGGACAGACGACUAAGUCCAACACACAUCCAAAGCACUCGAUCCAUUUCAUGGCCAGGAAAAAUGGAUGGUAAAAUACGUAAAUUUGAAAGUUUAACUAAACGUGAAAGUGACUUUGGAUCUUCGUCAUCAUUAGCAACUAAUAGGAGCAAAAGUGAACCUCCCAUAAACAAAAUAUAUUUUUCACAAACUUCGCGACCUAUAUCACCCACAAUAGUAUUUCACAGAAAACAUUCUCCAUCAACGAGUAUGUCAGUUUCACCGACGAAAAUGUUUUUCUUACAUUCUGGAACAAAGUCACCUAAGGUUGAUAAGCCUGUUAGAUCCAGCAAAUCAACGUCACCAUCUAGAGUUAUAUUUUCUGGAUCACCUACUGAAAGUAAUUCACCGCGGUUAAGAGGUAAUUAUCAAAUAAUUAAAACCAAUUCUUUGGAAAAUAUAGAGGAUAAAAAUCAAGGAACUAUAUAUUUUUCACAAACAUCACGACCUGUAUCACCAAAAGUUAAAAAAACAGUAAGCAGGAGUCAAUCACCUGCAUCUAUUAGAUCCCCAUCAAGUCGUCGCAUACAUAAUGCACGUACUCAUACCAAGCUUGAAAUAGAAAAAAAAGAAUACCGAACACGUAGUGCAGAUAACGAAGAAAGAAAUGUAAAUAAAAACAAAAAAAUUCUAAGAACCAAAAGUGAUUCUAAUAUAAGUGCUAAUGAUCCUGACUAUGAUGAAUAUAUUCAAGAUAUCCAAAAUAUCAAAGGUAGAUCAGAAAGAUUUCGCGAACUCAAUCGGUACUAUGCCUAUUUGGAGAGGGUUGCUGAGCUAGAGAAGGCUACAUCUUCAAGAAAUUUAUUAUAUUAUAGAAAAAAAGACGAAGAAAUUAUUGAUUUUGAUCGAUGGAAAAAGAUUAGAAUAAUAGAGAGAGCUGAAGAAGAACUUAAUAACCUAUAUAGCAAACUUAAACGAGCACAAAAUGAAGAUGACAUUCUUUUUUAUCCAAGAGAUGUAAAUGACUAUAGAUGGAAUUUUAAUAGAGAAAGAGGCUUAAGAGUAAAAGAAAAGUCAGUCGAAGAUUUAAAAGAAGAAUUACAACAGAAAAAAUGUACUGAAGGCAUAGAAAUAGACCAUUCACAAUGUAAAGAUGCCUACAAGCCUCUUUGGAGAGGAACAAGCGUUGCAGAAACAGCUUUUAACAUAAAUAAUAAAAAUAAAGAUAUUACAAAAUCGUAUAAAAUACAACCAAAUAAAAUUAACCUUCAAUUCGAUUCUAUGACUGAUUUGCGGAAAAAAAUCGGCCUUGGUAAUCGAUUGUGGAGUAGUUUAUCCAUGGAUCAAGUAAACGCACUCAAAAAUCAACUUAAUGCUAUUUACGGUAAAGAAUUUAAUUCCAAGUCAAAUAAGGAUGAUGAAAAAUAUACGAUUGAAGUCAAAGAAAAAUCAACUAAAAAUCCUUCUUUGCAUGUUAGAUGCAGUUCUUUAAUUACACCAAAAACUAGUGCUCUUAAAACUACAAUAAAUAAAUCAGAAUCUAUUGCCGCUAUAACGUAUCCCAUAAACUUCGAAAAGGAAUUGAAAAACAAUGUUAAUAAAAUGCAAAUGACACUCAGUGAAAAUGAAAAGAAAAGAAUUUCCCAAUCUCUUAGUAAGGAGGUUUUGAAUAGAAUCAGUAAAUUCGAUACAUUUUCUUUGAAAGAAGAUAAUAAUUUUAAACAUCAAACUGAGUACACUAAAACAUUUGAAGAUACCAAUGCUAUAAAUAAACCAAAAAAUAUUGUAGAAACUGAUAAAGUAAAUCAAGCCGAUGAACCUAUAAAAAAACUGUCCCAAAAAAACGAAAUAUCUAACCCUUCUUCGGCUAGCGAAACUGAAACCGGCUCGGAUAUGUCUUCAAAAACGGUUAUAUAUAAAGGUCCUAAAAUAGAAGUCCAAAAAAAAGUGGAAUAUUUCGAAUCGGUAAAAGACGACAAGCAACCUCAAGUUAUUUACCACGCAAGAGAUAGUUCUGAUGAAAAAAACAUAUCAAAAGAAUACAAUAAAGUUGAGGAAAACAGAGAAACAAAAUUUGAAAACAAUCAAAUAUUUCAAUCUCAGUCAUGUGCAGAUAUUAAAGAAUUAUUUGGGGAAAGUGAAAAAAAUAAAUUUUUAUCACUUCCUUUAAAGGCUGACCUAAAUUCAAGAUCAACAUCGCCUCAAUCGGAACUGUAUGUAAGCGAUCGAAGAACGCCUGACACGCGAUUUUCAAGUGACGAGACGAUCUGGCGUAGUCGAAGCCCGUCCCCCGAUCCGGAGCGUUAUUGGCGUGCUUACCUGAAACUAGCACGUGAGGGGGAAGUACGUCGCCUUGCAAGACAGUUUGACUCACCAUCUGCUGCUGGUGCAGUAUUACGUAGAUUUCGUAGCGAUCCCGAAAUUAUAAGAAACGACAUAAAAAAUUGGCCCUCUGAAAGGGCCUCCAGGCAAGAGAAAUGUAGAGUUUUAUUGCCAGUGGCACGAAUGCCACUUCGUCCAAAUAAUCGCUUUAUGCCACACAUCGACAUUAUAUCGAAGUUAGCUGCUCUUCGAAGACGCAAUUCAACUAGGUCACAUUCAGCAGAAGAAGCAUUGGAAUGUAGACCUGGAGAAGUGGAACGUAUUCGUCGUCGUUUUGAAGCGAUGUCACUUCUCGGACAAAUUUACACAUCCACACCUGAUGUAAGCGAGCUCCAAAAUAUUGCAUCUUAUUUAGCGGGACCGUGGAUAGCUCAUCGAUAUCCGAAGCCGGAAGAUAACAAUAAACCUCUAAAAGAUCCGAAUACAUUAGUUCGCGGUCGCACUGCACCAACGAAAAGCGAAAAGAAUCAAUCAUUUAAAAAAAAUACAGUAAAAUUAAACUCAAUUCUUAAAAACGAAUCGUUAGCGAAACAAGCCUUCGAUCCAUCAGCCCACCGUCCGGCUAGCCGUUAUGAACCUCCUCGUACGCCUCCCCGGCCUCCACCUGCAGCGUGGCCCUAUCGUCUAGCGCCCUUUGUCACGCCAUCACGACACACGGUUACUUUUCAAGAAACCGAUUCCGCUCCUGAGCCACCACGUCGGGCAUCGCACGGCAGUUAUUCAGACUCAGAAUCUCCAAGCCGCCGAUACGUGGAGAGCGACGUGAACAUCCACUACCGGUGUCCCGUGCGACACGACCCGUUACCACUCGUACCGGAGCGGGAACUCGCACGGCAGCAGGCUGAGCAUAUGAAACGACUUUACAGAGAACAAAAGAGAAAUAAAUAUUUACAGGAAAAUGAUAUACGUGCUGCAGAUAUAGAAGCAUUUGAUGCCUCAAUCAAGGAACUUCAGGAUAUGCAAAACAGACGUCAUCAAGAUAAUUUCAUGCCAUCACAAAAGACAGUCGUCCCGCUGAAUAGAUACGACGAAGCAGAAAAAAUUAUAGCAAAGGCGCUAUAUACUUUUAAUGGACAAACUGCACGUGAAUUGAGCUUUAGAAAAGGAGAUAUUAUAAAUGUUAGGAAACAAAUUGAUUCUAACUGGUACGAGGGCGAAGUGCACGGGAAAAUUGGAUUGUUUCCUUAUAACUAUGUUGAAUUACUUAAAGGAGAUGGAGUACAAACCCUUAAAAAAUCCGCCGUCAUAGAAGGUAGAGCUAGAGCAAAGUUCGACUUCAUCGCACAAACAAAUCUGGAACUACCGUUAAAAAAAGGCGAAGUGGUCGUGUUGACGAGACGCAUAGAUCAUAAUUGGUGGGAAGGCAGAAAUGGGAAUAAAACUGGAAUAUUCCCUGAUAGCUAUGUUACCAUCUUGCAAGAGCCUAGUCAAAGUAAACCGGAACCUCAUCCCAUCCUCAACACCGGUAAGCCGGUCGCGUCUCCGGCGGCGCACGGGCUGCUGAACGGUGCCGACAAGCGCAGCAUGGGUGCUCAUCGCUACACGCCGCAGCCCAACAGCCCUGCGCUCGCCAACGCGCCGCCCGCCACCCAGCCUCUUGCUGGUUACGUAACGAAGUCAUCGCAUUCGCUGUCCGCUUCGGAUCGUGGCUACGGCCCGCCGACUGGCGCCGGCGUCGACCUCAACAACACCGAGCCACUCUAUGUGGACACCAACGCGGAGGCCGUCCCAUAUCGUGCAAUGUACAAAUAUAGACCACAAAACCCAGAUGAGCUAGAACUAAACGAGGGAGACACCGUUUAUGUACUGGAAAAGUGUGAUGACGGCUGGUACGUCGGCUCCAGUCAAAGGACCGGACGAUUCGGUACUUUCCCUGGAAAUUACGUGGAACGCAUCUGAUAGCGCCACACGUCGCUGCUGCGGCGACUGCGCAGCGCGGCGCUGUGCGCGCGACGCUCGCGGUAGGCAAUCGGCUGAUUACGGUCACCCACCAACGUCUGUCUCUUUCUAUCUUUUAGGUCGAAUUUCAUAAAUGAAAGAGACUGAUGAUGACAUUUAGUUUACGUCAUGGUUGCCUUUACCUCUCUUUUAUACCACUAAAUAUGUCUCAGACGGGAAAACCGAUGUAAUAACUCAGAGUUUGCAAUGCUUUGUAACUUAUUAUACGAACGCUAAACUUUCCCGAUUUCAAUUAUUUAUGAAAUGAAUUGGAAUUUCUCGAUUCAAUGUCUGUGAGGAUGUUUUAGGGUAGAUAUGGUGUAAUAAAAAUAUUGACUCGAGAUUUUGAACGGUGUAUUAACAAUUUAUAGAUAUAUCUAAAUGUUACCAAAUUGUAAACCAUGACUUUUAUAUCCUUUUAUAAAUAAAUCGUGUUAUAUAUUACAUAUAUAUAUAUAUUUACCAAAAUCAUUCAUGUGCUUUGGUACAUACGUUUUUCGUUUGUAUUUUUCUUUAUAUGAAUUGACUUGUACUGUCACCCGUAUCGCACAUUUUACUUUUACUUUUUAAAAAAAAUACAUUUUGCUUUAUUUCGUAUUUACAUUUGCUUUUGCAUGUUUACAUAGAAAAAAAUGUAUGUACCUUAUGAAUAUAAAUCAUCCCAAAGUAAGUAGCGCGCCCAAAGAAUAUGUGUAUUGGAUAUUUAUGGUGUUGUAUAGUUGUAUAAAAAUAUAUAUACAUAACUGUAAAGUCGGUCAUUAGUUAUAGUUAUUUAUUUGCGUAGGAGUCGGGGGUUGGAGCUCUUCUUUUAAAAGUGACUUUUUAAAAGAAUGCAGCCUUGCAUGAUUAUACUUAUUAUAAACUAACCUUUGUUUUUCAAUUUUAACUGUGAUUAAGUUUCAUUAUUUACGGAAAAAAUCAUCUUGAUAGUAACAAAAAAAAUAUUAUUUUUUUAAUUAUUGACAUGACAAAAGUCAAACUUUGAUAACAUGAAAUAUAUUUUCGAUCUAUUUUUAUUCUAAUUUUGAACAAAGUUUGGACAUUUUGUGAGUAUUGGCAUCACUUAACUAAUCCAUUUAUCGCUAAUAAUAAACAAUACUUCAUUAGCCACCGUGUUUUUUUUAAUUAGUUACCGCAUUAACGUAGUUAUAACUAUACAAGUAUAUAAAUACUCAUAACUAUGCAAUGGUCGGUGUAAAUAGGGCGAGUAAUAUAUUGACAACUUUGACAAUACUAUUUUAUAUGCUUAAUUUAAUAUUAGAUGUAUCGAAUAUGAUCGUAUAUAAUGGAAAUUGAGUAUUAUUUACUCGGAAAACUACGAUAGAUGUAAUUUGUUGGCUUGGCUCUCGAUUGUCUAGUCACUGUAAGCAGAAUUAGUAAAUACCCGUACCUACAUUACAAUUUAUUUGUUAUUCUAUAAAUUUGACAACUAUUUUAUCAAUUUAAUUAUUAACACCAUUUAUUAUUUACUUAACAAAAUUGAAGUUACUCUCGCCCUAUGUAAUUGCUUAUAUUAUGUAAUAAAUAUUUCUUAUUUAAAUUUAACCUAUUGUUGUAGUUUUGUUAAUUUAUUUCUAGAAGCACAAACGUUUAUUUGUUGUUGACACAUCGACAUGCAAUGUAACAUUACUGCUAUUGUUCAAUGUCAUCACAUCUAAUAAUAAAAACUUUCUAUUA